AUGGCCAAGAAGCGAAAGCGGACCACAUCGGCUCCCAAAGCCUCGCACAAGGCUCCGCUCUACCGUGCCCUGCGGAAAGUCCCUCUCGAAAUUCGUUUACUGGAGAUCCUCAGACCCAAAUCCUCGCGUUCGAUUGUCAACUGCCGCCUGAUCACCGUUUCACUCGACGAUGCUCCUGAAUACACGGCCCUUUCGUACGUCUGGGGGCCCCCUUCCAGGACCAGGAACAUCCGGGUCAACGGCCGUCUAAUGCCGGUGACGACCAAUCUCAACUCCGCUCUCAGGCAGUUCCGUGCUUGUUUAUUCAAUAGGCAUGUUUCGGGAAGUCAACUCCGACGCUUGCCGCCCCGUUUUUGGAUUGAUGCGGUGUGCAUCAAUCAAAAGGACGUGGAGGAGAGAAACCACCAAGUCCAAUGCAUGCCCACCGUCUAUCAGCGCGCUUCAUCGGUCCUCGUUUGGCUUAGCCCCCGGAAUGGAGAACUAUCGUAUGGAAUGGCGGCGAUUGGUCUGACGGGCCGAGAAUUAAGCUCGUCAGAUGACAAGACCAAUCUCAAAUGGAUGUACGAUUAUCCGCAGCUUUGGGACCAUGAUUGCUCGAAUGGUGUUGAAAACGAAGCAUGGAAUGCAAUAGACCAACUGCUCCGGCUUAAUUAUUGGAAGCGUGUCUGGACGCUCCAAGAAAGGGUCCUGGCGAAGAGA